ACAAUCACGCAAACCUCAACUUCUUCAACAAUACGCACGUAAACUACCAAAUAUUCACACAAAAGCUUUGCGUUUUGUUGACUUAUUGCAAUGAAGUUCUUCUUUUCUAAUUUGGGUUCGUGUUAUCGCCCCUCCGGGCUACCACCAGCGGAUGCAUCAGCCACCACCACCACCCGGAUGGCGUUAGGAGGGGCUGGUGAUGCUCAUCUUCAUGGGCCAUAUAAUUCAAAGCGAAUUAAGAAAGCGACAUCUAGGUCUUCCGCGCCUCAUUGGAGACCGGCGCUCUCGGUGAUAUCAGAAGACGGGGUUGUUACAGUGUUUGAGACUGAUGAGAGAAAGGCUCAGUCUGAAAAGAAAUUGUCCAGUAAAAGUAAAUCAGCUGCUAAGACUCGCUGUUUCAGGAGUAAAGAUGCGUAUGAGUAUGACUCCAGGAAAAGCUCUAUGCCGAUGAUAUUACCAGCGUUCUCGCCGACGCCGUUUAUGUUCUGAAUCUUGUGACAGUACAUGAUCCAAUUCUUGCAUAUAUUAUGUAGAAUUUUCUAUCUUUGUGUCACUAUGGCUUUGUUCUGCAGUUGAUAAUGAUGUAUAUAUACCAGAGAAAUAAAACCAAAUACAGUUUUGUCCCAAUCUUUAUUUUCCUCUUAUUCCUCUCUGCGACAGA